AAUGGAGAUGUCGAGGAAAUUUCGGUCGGAAAAGAUGACGACUUUCCUUAUGGGCGGUGAAUCAAAGACAGACAGAUCUAGAAUCUGACAUCUUAGUCCAAAUAAGUUUCAUUCAAAUUCGAUGACACAUUAGUACCAAUGGCAAAGCAAGAGGCACGCCAGGUGUUUCGGCUUAGUUGAGCUAGCUACAACUAGUACUGUAGUAACAAGGGCUUGUUUUUCAUAUAAUCGGAUUCAGAUUUCAGGGUUUUCCUUCCUUCCUUCAUUGUAUUGAUUUCGUUCCCCUCUUCUUCUUCUUCUUCCGCAGGUAAAACGGACAAGUUAGAGUCGUUUUCGUUCUAUAAACUGUUUGAUUGAUUAAUUUCUUACUAGAUCUUCUAGAGUGCCUUCUCUGUAAACUAUUUGUUCUGAUUCCUUUCCAGAUGUUGGUUGCUUGAAAUUCUCUACUAUCUCUUGCUUUUCUACUAUUUUCUGGCCAGUCAAUUAAUCAAUCUAUGUAUGAUCUGUCUUUUCGUUCCUGACCCAUCUCAAUGUAUUGGUUUUUAAGUCUUUAAAUGAUCUCCUGUGGAAUUGGGUUUGAGAACUUUGUCAAAUCUGAGGAAACAGACUAUUGCCAUAGUCAUCUGCGAGGGUCAAGAAAAUGAACCAACGACAACCCAAGAACAAACCUCCAUCUCCCUCUUCAUUUUCCAAUGUAAAGUCUCUGACCCUUAAUUCCAAACUGGGCAGGAAAUCCAUUCUCAAACAUGUAUUGCUCGCAAUUCUUUUUGUCAUUUCUUGUUUUGCUUUCCUUAAUGCAUACACAAACACUUUUUCAUGCCUGGAUUCCGCCUUUUCAUCUUGCACUGGUGAUAAGAACCCCAGUUUUCAUGAUAUUCAAGCACCAGUCAAGGUUUAUAUGUACAAUCUGCCAAGAAGGUUCACAUAUGGGGUUAUUGAAAGCUAUACGGUGGCUCGCAAUGGGCUGAAGGAUUCAGUCAAUGACGUGUCGUUGCUCAAGUAUCCAGGAAACCAGCACUCAGCAGAGUGGUAUUUGUUUGAAGAUUUGACGCGAGCUAACCGUUCAGGUUCUCCAGUUGAGAGGGUCUUGGAUCCUGAGGAUGCAGAUUUGUUCUAUGUUCCAUUCUUCUCAUCCUUAAGCCUGGUGGUUAACCCGAUAGGCCAUGCUGUUGCUGCAUCUGGAAUCACAAUGUACAGUGACGAGGCGACACAAGAAGGGCUUAUCCAGUGGUUGGAGGAGCAGGAAUUCUGGACGAGGAAUAAUGGAUGGGAUCACAUUUUUGUGUGCCAGGACCCUAAUGCCUUGUAUAAAGUUGUGGACAGAUUGAAAAAUGGAAUUUUGCUGGUUUCAGAUUUUGGGAGAUUAAACCGUAAUCAUGCUUCAUUGGUGAAAGAUGUGAUAUUACCCUACUCCCAUCGUAUCAGAACCUUUGAAGGGGAAGUUGGCGUCAAUUCUAGGACAACUCUUCUUUUCUUCAUGGGGAAUCGCUACAGGAAAGAGGGUGGGAAAGUUCGCGAUAUACUUUUUCAAAUACUUGAGAAAGAAGAAGACGUGGUUAUAAAGCAUGGUGCACAAUCUAGGGAAAGUCGACGCAUGGCUUCACAGGGGAUGCAUACAUCGAAGUUUUGUUUACAUCCUGCUGGAGAUACUCCAUCAGCUUGUCGUCUUUUUGAUGCAAUUGUGAGUUUGUGUAUUCCAGUCAUAGUUAGUGACUAUAUCGAGUUGCCCUUUGAAGAUGUAAUUAGCUACAAGAACAUUGCUAUAUUUGUGGAUUCAAAUACAGCUGUUAAGCCAGGUUACUUGGUUAAGUUGCUUAGAAAAGUGAGCACAGAUAGAAUUCUGGAGUUUCAGCAAGAGAUCAAAAAGGUGAAACACUAUUUUGAGUAUGAGGAUCCAAAUGGAACAGUAAGUGAGAUAUGGCGGCAGGUGUCAUUAAAGCUUCCACUUAUAAAGACAAUGAUAAACCGCGACAAACGUCUUGUGAAGAGGGACUUGUCUGAACCUGAUUGCUCAUGUAUCUGUUCAAACCAGACGGGAUUCAAGACCACACUGUGAGGUAACCAAUUCUGAAUAUUGAGCUUAUUUGGUUAAGUUUUUCUGUAUCCAAACUUAUAUUGACUAUCAAUAACAAUAUCAACAUAACCAAAUAAGCUCAAAUAUUAAUUAGUGGUGGUGAGUAUUAUAGAAGAUUAAGUUAGAAUAAACAUCUCUGAUAUAUAUAUUGUUGUUGGUUAGUCUAUAUCUGUGAUGUUUCUACUGGUAUGUUAUAUAUUGUCUAUAUUUCUGUUUUUUUUAAAGUGAUGUUUGCCUCCCAACUGAUUUUUAAAUCAUUAAACAUUUUAUCCAUUGAUGAAGCAAAUGCAAUUUAGGGCUUUAGACACAUGAGAGGACAAUCAUAAGCUUCUCCAACAUACUUGAUGAAAUUUAUAACUAAUUCGAUUGUCAUUGCU